CUUCGUCAACGGAGGUGCUGAAAGGCGGUUGCUGAUUGGGUGCUGGUUUGGCAGACAAGCCAAGCCGCCUAUGACAUCGCCGGCGAGGAAACUAGCUUGCAAAUGCCCCUCUUUUAGACGCCCGCGAUCUUCGCCACUUGACAAAAUUCAGUUGGCUGAAGAAGGAAUGUGGCUCCUGAUUGAAGGAAAAAGUUGCAGGCCCAGGUUUUGUCAGUUUAAAUCUCCCUCUGCUGCUAAAGAUACGAUGCAACUUUGGCCCAGCCAUGAAGAGUUGGAGAAACCCUGCUGUACGUGCCGCAACGUUAAAACAACUGCUGAUUCAAUCAUCGUCAGGAGCUUGGAGGCAAACCCUUCUAUUAUCAGAUGCCUACCUAUAUGUAAAUGGCAGACCAGCCCGGGAUACAUGAUGCUAUUGCCUCCUGAUUUCGCCGCGGCACGGCAUCAAGAAUCAUGCUGCUCUCUAUCCGCCGCCGGGGCCUGUGGUAGUGGCCAUCCGGGCAAAGAUUUGCGGCGAAUGGGAUGAUAAUUCUGCCUCGCGCCUGACAGAAGGAACCGUUUUAUUCGUGGCCGGGGGUUGAGACUAUCCUAGCUGGUGAUCACGAAGCAAAUCAUCGCCAAUCAAUCACGCCCCACCACUGUUGUGCGAUGGCGUUCGUUUUUCCUCAGUGGGCUAGGAGCUUUCUCUCUUUUCUUUUUUUCUUUU